GGUUAUCCACAUAACCAUCUCUCAUUGUAUCGAUUUAUAGGAGAUUGGAAUUCCAAAACUCAACCAAAGCCAACUAUUACACUGGGUAAGGUUCGUUAGAAUUGGGUGGUAAAAAUGAAAAUUAGUGACAAACUCCAACAUUCGGAUUGGAAAGACAAAAUUACAUGGAGCUAUGAGUUUUUUCCGCCGAAAACAAGCACAGGUAUUCAAAAUCUCUACAAUCGUAUAGAUCGCAUGAAAGAAUGGGGAUAUCCUAUGUUUGUAGAUGUGACCUGGGGAGCUGGCGGGUCUACUUCUGAUUUAACUCCAGUGAUUGUAAAUGUUGCUCAAAAAGAUUUUCAGCUUGACACAUGCAUGCAUCUCACCUGUACAAAUAUGUCAGGUGAAAUGAUAAGGACCGCCUUGAAAAAGGCUUACGAUACGGGCUGUCGUAAUGUUUUGGCACUGAGAGGUGAUCCACCCAAAAAUGAAACCGAAUGGACCCAAGCGGAGGGUGGCUUUCGCUACGCGGCGGAUUUAGUUCGAUACAUAAAAAAAACCUAUGGAGAUGAAAUAUGCAUUGGUGUUGCUGGUUAUCCUGAAGGAUACUCACCAGGCGACGACAUUGAUAGGAGUAUAAGUCACCUUAAAGAAAAAGUGGAUGCUGGAGCAUCCUUUAUCGUAACGCAAAUGUUUUAUGAUGCCGAUAAUUUUAUUGAAUGGGUUAAGAAAUGCCGGGAACGGGGUAUAUCGGUACCCAUUUUUCCAGGAAUCAUGCCUAUUCAAGCUUGGGAUUCGUUUAUUCGAAGAGCGAAAUGGAGCGGAGUAAAGAUUCCCCAGCAUUUUAUGGACGCAUUAUUACCCGUAAAAGACAACGAUGAUGAUAUUCGCGAGCGUGGUGCAGAACUAAUGGUACAAUUCUGCCGAAAAUUAAUAGAUAAUGGUAUAACCCGUCUUCAUUUCUAUACUAUGAACUUAGAAAAGGCCGUUAAAAUGAUCAUUGAGCGACUCGGCUUGCUCGAUAAAGAACUUCAGGAAGUAACCAAAAAACCUGAAAACGAACUGACUACGAACCGUACGGAUAUUUUCCCCAACGGUACCAAACGUGAGAAUGAAGAUGUGCGUCCUAUAUUCUGGAGAACUCGUUUGGAAAGCUAUAUAUCAAGAACAGAACAAUGGGAUGAAUUUCCUCAUGGCCGAUGGGGUGAUUCCCGUAGCCCUGCGUUUGGUGAAUUUGAUCCUUCCCGUCAUGGCCUACGUCAGUCGGCUCCUGAAAUUUUGGCUCUUUGGGGCAGUCCAAAAUCUUACAGAGAGCUCGGUGAACUUUUCGCAAGCUACUGCACGAAAGUAAAGACUAGCUUACCUUGGAGCGAUAUGCCUAUAUCAGAAGAGGCAAAAGUGAUACAGGACCAGCUGGAAUAUAUGAAUACCAAAGCUUUUCUCACAAUUAAUUCCCAGCCUGCUCUGAAUGGCGUUAAAAGCUCUGAUCCAGUCCAUGGUUGGGGUCCAACUAAUGGAUAUGUAUACCAAAAACCUUACGUUGAGUUUUUCGUACACCCUUCCUUGAUUGAUGAAAUAAAAUCAUCUCUUCACCAGAUGGAAGAUAUGUCUUACUUCUUCAUUUCUGUUUCUGGGAAAUUGGAUACCAAUGCCGCAUAUGAAGUUCCCAAUGCAGUUACAUGGGGAGUAUUUCCCAAUCGGGAGGUAAUUCAACCAACUAUCGUUGAAUCUACUUCUUUCUUGGCUUGGAAAGACGAAGCGUAUUCUCUUGGUAUGGCUUGGGCUUCGGCCCACGAUCCCAAAUCUGAAACACACAAGUUAUUGGUAUCCAUGAUGUCCAGCUGGGUGCUUUGUGUUAUUGUUGACAAUAAUUAUGAACGUGGCCAAUCUUUGUUUGACAUUUUUCCAAAAUUGAGAAGCUUGGAAGAUAUUCAUCCUGAGCUCUACAACGGAGUGGCUAUAUGAUUUAAAAAGGUGUUUGCUAAUUUUCUCUUUUAUUCCUCACCUGUUUGUGUUUUGUUUAUCCGGGCUUUGUGCUCAAAAUCAAUGUAAGGUAAUAACCCCACACUCUCUUUCAACAGUUUUUGUUUAUUUGGGAUGGUUUUGGUUUCAAAAUUAAAUUGAUCGUUUAUGAAUUCCUUCUCUAUAUUUGCAUUGGCUUCAACAGUCAUCCGAUAGUUUUUAUCCUCAUUUAUCCUUUAUUAUCUCUUAAUACUAAUGAUAUAUAUACGAAGAUAUGCUUGCUAUUAUAUUAAUAAUAAAG